AUGGGGAUCGACAUAACAAAGUCAUCCAUCCAUGUCUUCCAAUCGCAAGAAAGACUCGAGCUUCUCAACGAUAUUGACAAGUUCCGACGCCAUGGCCUCGCCAAUCUCCCUCAAAUCGUCGUCUGCGGCGACACGAGCAGCGGCAAAUCGUCAGUCCUAGGAGCUUUGUCAGGCAUAGCCUUUCCGGUAAGCAGCACCAUCUGCACACGGUUCGCAACCGAGUUUGCUCUUCGAUACACGAGCGAGGAUGCUGUUACCGGACAUGCUACCAUCAGUGCCGCUUCAGGGUCCUCCGAUGCACACCAGUCUCGCGUCAAAUCAUUCCACAGGACCAUCACUAGUCUCGACAACGUUCCAGAAAUCAUGGAAGAAGCCAAGCAGAUCAUGGAUCUUGCGAACGACGCCUCCAUCAGUCGCGACGUGCUACAUCUUGAAAUCCACGGACGAGAUCUGCCUAAUCUGACGCUUGUCGACCUGCCCGGACUCAUCCACUCCGCUAAUGAUCAGAAGGAUGUUGACAAGGUUAUAGCCCUGAUUGACUACUACUUCACUCAAACGGAAAGUAUCAUCCUCAUCGUCGUUUCAGCCGAGAACAUAAUUUACAACCAAGGCAUCCUGGCGAAAGCCCGAUCAUUCGACCCAAUAGGAGAGCGAAGUAUCGGAGUUAUCACAAAGGCAGAUCAGUUAAUGCGAGCUGACAAGCGAGGGAUGCUACCGACGAUCGUCACGCUGGCCAAGAACGAACACCCAACAUUCCGCUUCAAGCGACCCUGGCACAUCGUGCGGUGCUUGAAUGACGAUGAACGACGUAAAGGCGCUGACCGCGAGGCUCUUGAACGAGAUCUGUUCCGGCAAGAUCCAUGGGACACGUUCGGCUACGCACAACUCGGUAUUCAUUCUCUAACUUCAGCCCUGUCCACCUAUCUCGAAGAACACAUCACUCGCCUCCUCCCCGACCUCAUCGUGUCACUGGAGAAGAAGAUCGAGCGGGUCAGUCGCGAUCUAAACACUCUGGGCCCGGCGCGGACCACGCACCGAGAGCUCGAGCAGUACCUUGUCAACAUGAGCAGCCAAUAUACGAGACUCGUGGAGAACGCAUUGGCAGGUAACUACAGCGACCCUUUCUUCCAGGAUGACAAGGAAACGACACGACUGAGAGCGGCGACUAUGGCCGUGGUAGACGCGUUUGAAUCAUCAAUGCGUUCACAGGGACAUACUUUCGAGAUCACCAAAUCUUCUUCUACCCACUCGAUUAGGCACCAGAAUACAACACCCGCGUCGACUGCCUUGAUCUGGCCCGAGCAUCAUCCAGAUCGUAUCGAUCUGAGGGAGGCUCUUACGAUAGUGGAAACGUUACUGAAAAACCAACGCGGACCAGAGUUGUCGUUUCUCUUCAAUCCAGGACUCAUUGGGGAGUUGUUCAAAGUGCAGUCACGGAAAUGGUCGACCAUAGCAUCUGAAUGCUCAGGGGAAAUGUGUCGUGUUGUUCGGGCCUUUUUGCGCAAGGUCGUCCAAUACAUAUGUCCUCAAACAGGCCAGAUGGCCGAGCGUGUCCUGCGACAUGUCUUCGAUGAUGCCCUGGAAAAUAUCCAGGAAACACUCGGUGCGAAGAACUCCGAAUUGCUGGCGCCCUUCAAGGGCUCGUUUUUCUAUUCCACCAAGGUGAAAUUGCAGGCGAGUCUGAAAGAAAUCGAGAGGCAGGACGCCAUUGAUGAUGACCUCGAAGAGAAAGCUAGGUCGGGAACGAAAACGAAGGAGACCCCGGGGAUUUUCGUGGACAGCCGUGAUGUUGGUGCCACCGCCGGCGCCGACGAGCCUACACGCAGGAAAAUGCUACAGUAUUCAAGGGCGUACUACAAUGUUGCUUUGGAGAACUUCAUCGACAACAUUGUCAUUCUCGGAUUUGAAGCUUGCCUCCUCUCGAAAUUGAGUGACAUAUUUUCCCCACAGACAGCCAGUCGGAUGGACGACGAAAUGCUUCAGCUCCUAGCGGGCGAGUCGCCUCGGCAGAUGCGACAACGGGAAGAUCUUCAGAGAGAACUUCAGACUUUGAAGAAUUCGCUUAAAACAUGCAAGAGACAUGAUAGCCGAGCCUUCCGAAGCAACAACACCUCUCGAGCCGACGCUCAAGCACCGCCGAGCACACCAGAGGUGAAGACUCAACUGGGCGCCGAUUCGCCUCAAGCCAGUGCCACCAAACCUCACAAGCCAGAAUCAGUAUCCAACACAACUCACCCCAUAUCUUCGGUUUCGAAGUCUGCUUCUGUGCUGCCUGAAAACACGCCAUCGGUCCCGCCGUCGGUUCUCCCUGCGAGUUCCAGUGGCGCACGAGACAAGUCACCCAGCCCACAGAAUAUUGUUGGUCAGAUGCUUCCUAAAAUUUCUUCGACUCCUCCCACGAGCUCCAGCAGUAAGGGAUUCAGUUCUGGCUCGUCCGGUUCGAAUGGCCCGGAAAAUGGGACAACCAAUUCCAACCCUGGAAAAUCACAAUCCGAAUUAGGUACGGGCCCGACAAGUAAUUCCAACUCUGGAUCACUAUUUGGAUCAUAUACAGGCCCGAAAAGCGAUUCUACCUCUGGAUUUGCAGCAGGGACUUUUGGAGCACUUCCAAAACCUCCAACAUCUAUAGGUCCGAAAAGUGAUUCUCCCUCUGGAUUUGUAUUAGGUACAGGCUCCAUGAGUAAUUUCAACUCUGGAUCACUAUUUGGAUCAUAUACAGGCCCGAAAAGUGAUUCUCCCUCUGGAUUUGGAUCAGCGAUAUUUGGAACAUCUACAGGCCUAAAAAGCGACUCUACCUCUGGAUUUGGAUCAGGUACAGGCUUCACGAGUAAUUCCAACUCUAAACCAUCCCUAUUUGGAUCAGGUACAGGCGCGGUAAACAUUGACAAAAUUGAACCUCGAUCGCUCAAACAGAGUAGUGACGAUGCAAAAGUCGGAACCCCUGCAGCGGCGGCAAAGCCGACCGGAGGACUGUUUGGUAGGCCUACUACCUCAACUUCCAGCCCGGGGACAUCAACGGACACCGCCAGUACAUCCAAGCCUUCAGGUGAUUCUAGUAAGGCCGUUGUCAAAGGUGGUACGAGUGCUGGCUCGCAAACACCUUUACCCACACUCACAUUCAGCCUUGGUAAGAAAUGA